AUGAACUUGGCCAAUACAACAAAACUCCUCGGGAGCAUGUCUCCAGAAAAGACUGACGAAACGCAGACCCUGCGACGGCGCGACGACUCAAGCAUUGAAUCCGAAGAUCUCCCUGUCAUGGAACGGCGCCUAAGCACGGGAGGCAUGGGAGGCACGGGAGAUGCAAUCGGCCGAGAAAAUAGUUUGGUGUCGCUGCCCUCGACUGCGAUACUGCGAGCACACUGGCGGCAGCCACCGCCGCCGCUGCUGCAACAAAAGAUAAAGUGCAAGCUUUGCGAGAGACAGUUGAAUGGCCGCAAUGGAUGUGUCAAUUGCCGCAAGUGUGGAGAUUUAUUCUGCAACGCGCACACCCAGUAUACGGUCAAAUUGCGAAACCCAGAGGGCCAAGAGACAACCCCACAAUUCGAUUCAUCGCUGCUGGGGAGCUUGAGUCGAUGUUGCGAGACGUGUUAUUAUGAAAGGACGCAGACGACGUACGUCCAUUGCCGAGACUUGACGGAUGAGUUCACAAGGAAGCGGCGCGAAGAAAAUGAUUUCAAGGAACUACAGCGCACAAAAGUGCAGCGGAACUUUAUCAAAUUGACAAACUUGAUGCUUGAAAAAAGCCAGCGUAAGCAGAAGUCCAGUGUUUUGUUUGCGUUGUUGCUGGGGCAGGUUGAUGAAGACGAAAAGAGUAUUGUAGGCGCCAACAACUGGGCAUCGGACACUGAGGCGAAAUAUUGCUCGAUAUGUUUCUCAAAGUUCAACUUUAUCAUCAGAAAGCACCAUUGUCGACUAUGCGGCGCCGUGGUAUGCGAUGACUCCUCGGGUGUAAGGAAAAGCUGCUCGCUUUAUGUGCCCUUGAAUGCGUUUCUCGUGAAGCUCCCCGGUUUAAACUACUCAAAGUUGGUGAGGGACAAAUGGGAUAGCAUUGAUGAUGAGUUGCGAUUUAGAUGCUGCGUCAAUUGCAAAAACGCCGUUUUGCAUGAUUGGAAACGAGAACAUGGCGGACAAGAUGUGGAGAGCAAUGAGAUUUUCCGAGUUUUUGAAGGGAUGCUUUUACAAAAGCAGCUCAUCGAGCGGGCGAUGAACCUGUACGAAAACAACGGAGGCGAUGGCGACGUCGACGUUGUGAAGUGGGCGCAUAAGCUUGUGCAGUUCUUGAAACAACUCGAGAGCUCUGUUUUGCAAUUCAAAAAGAAAUUUUUUUUCGUGGAUGAUAAAAAGUUGUUGCAGGUUCAAGACAAGUACGUGCAGCAUGGCAGGAUACUCUUGAAUAUGUUUCAAAGCAUCAGCUCAUUCUUGCAGGAUACGUUGGUGCAAUUCAAAGCUGCCAACGAGAGAAACAUUCCUGAGUCUGAGUCGGCACUGCUGCCCACACCGGAACCAGUGUCUGCACACCCACGGCUAACCAAGAAACAGAUCAGGGAACUUCGAGAACAGCUCAUGGUUUUAAAUGAGCAGAAAUACCUCGUUGAAACCCAGAUCCACGAGUUUACCAGAAACAGAAAGUUUGACGAGUUGGAGACGUUGAUUGCCAACAAGGACGAAAUAUUAGAGACAAUCACCAGCUUGGAGCAAGAGUUGGGAGAAUUUGCAUUCUAA